AAAAAAGACAGGCAACCUCUUAAUUGCAGCAGAGAACCCCAACAUGAGAAAUGCGCAGCAAUCCAGCGGGAACAGCCGGACGUCUGGGUGACAGCCGCGACACCUUGACCUUGAAGAUGGUGAGUAGCCAGCCAAAAUACGAUCUAAUACGGGAGGUUGGCCGUGGCAGCUAUGGUGUGGUAUAUGAAGCAGUGGUGAGGAAAACCUCGGCACGUGUUGCAGUGAAAAAGAUUCGGUGCCAUGCUCCAGAGAAUGUGGAGCUAGCCCUGCGUGAGUUUUGGGCACUUAGCAGCAUCAAGAGUCAACACCCAAACAUAAUCCACCUGGAGGAAUGCAUCUUGCAAAAAGACGGCAUGGUGCAGAAGAUGUCCCAUGGGUCCAGCUCCUCACUUUAUUUACAGCUUGUAGAGACCUCCUUGAAAGGUGAAAUUGCCUUUGAUCCCAGAAGCGCCUACUACCUUUGGUUUGUGAUGGAUUUCUGUGACGGAGGUGAUAUGAAUGAAUACCUCCUGUCCCGAAAGCCCAGCCGCAAGACCAAUACCAGCUUUAUGCUUCAGCUCAGCAGUGCCCUGGCUUUCCUGCACAAAAACCAGAUCAUUCACCGUGACCUCAAGCCUGACAACAUCUUGAUCUCUCAAAGCAGGAUGGAUGCCAGUGACUUGGAACCUACCUUGAAAGUAGCUGAUUUUGGGCUAAGUAAGGUUUGUUCAGCUUCAGGACAAAACCCCGAAGAGCCUGUGAACGUAAAUAAAUGUUUUCUUUCUACAGCUUGUGGCACAGACUUCUACAUGGCCCCUGAAGUUUGGGAAGGUCACUACACUGCCAAAGCAGACAUCUUUGCCUUGGGGAUUAUAAUCUGGGCAAUGUUGGAAAGGAUCACUUUCAUAGAUACAGAGACAAAGAAAGAAUUGUUGGGGAGUUAUGUGAAGCAAGGGACCGAAAUUGUGCCUGUUGGAGAGGCGUUACUAGAAAAUCCGAAAAUGGAACUUCUCAUUCCUGUAAAGAAAAAGAGUAUGAAUGCUCGUAUGAAACAGCUGAUUAAGGAAAUGCUUGCUGCUAACCCACAAGACCGCCCAGAUGCUUUUGAAUUGGAACUCCGGUUAGUCAAAAUUGCUUUUAAAGACAGCAGUUGGGACACGUGACCUCUGGAGUAUUUUGACUUUUUGGGAGAGUUGGAGCUACAACAAUUGUGCAACAUUUUGUGGGGAAAAAUCCAGAGCAACCUGAAUUCAAGGUGUCAGGGUUAGGUGUAUUAGCCAUUACAAUUUUGUUGGGGGUUUUUUGAGGGGGGGGGGGGGGUUGGUCAACUAAGAUGAUUUCUUCACCCAUACAUGUAUAUUCCCCGUUUGGAUGUUUCCAAGAUACAGAUGUAAUAUUACCCACUUGGUCAGAAAAAUUGACAAGUUGGGAGACUUCUUUCUAGGAAUACGUUAUGGAGUAUUUCAGACAUUCCAAUUUCUUAUUAUAAAAUUUGGAACACCCUUGGAAGAAAUGGUUUGCAUGCUGGUAAUGCAAAUCAUUUGACUUUGUAGAGUAAAAAUCUGUAUAGAUUUAUGUCAACGUGAGUGUGUCCUUCCUCCCACCAUUCCAUAUGGAGAAAAUAUGCCCAUUAUUUAUAUUACCUGAUACAAAUUUGCCUGCCUGUUCAUCCAUAAAUUCCCUAAAUGCAACAUGCUGACUGCAACAUGAAAGGGCCUUUAACUCAAUUUCUUAGCUUGAAAAACCUCUACAGAUAGUCUGAUAGCACAUUUCAGCAGCCAAGUGGUAGCCCCUUGGUUAGGUCAUUAAACACUCCUUCAUUCUCCAGAGCCCGUAGGUUAUUUGCUAGGCCACAGCUUCUGUUCAAAACUGUUCUUUAGCUUAAUAUUCAGCGGCUUUGAUUUCAGGGCGAGUUUUAAUUUAUUUCAUUUUAAAAAAUCUAAAUCAUGAGAAAGAAGAAGAGAGUUGCGUCCUGGAUUCCACUAAAAUCUUUGCAGUUAUGAAAAUUUCCCGUAUGCUGGUUCUUGCCUCUGAUUCUGAUCUCACUUCUUCCACUAGCUUUUAAAGUGGCGGCUUUCAUUAAGUCAUAUUGGUGUAGUUCGCUUUCUUUGGAAGGGGAAGGACUCUGAAGGUUUAUUGCAUCGGCAAAUUAUCCACAUUCAGCUAUUUUUUUUCUUCCUUGGAAAACAUGGCCAUCUUUAGGGGUUGGUUCUUUGUAUAAAGUCAUAGUGCUCUAUUUUGCCUUGAUGUGGAGCUGCUUGUUUUGUUUUUGUUUUUGUUUUUCUUUUCAAGAUGCUGGGUCUUAGAAACAGAAUGCUUGGCCCUGUCCUUCUUGUCUUGCGUGCAGAGAGCAAGGGGCAGAACAUUUCCACAAAAGGCCAGUACAAGGCAUGUUUGCUUGCCCCUCCCCUCCCCUCGCUAUCCUGGAUCCUGGGCCACCACCACAGUCUAUAUGCCACCAGCAGGAUUGGGAUGUUAACUUACAGGAUGAGGCAUUCCCUGUCCUGUGCCUUAUUUUGAAGCAUUUAGUGAGGUGUUCUCUGUCCCCCCCCCCCCCCCCCCCCAGUGCUGUUUUACAGGCUAAUGUUUGCAGAGUUACUUUUUACACUCUACUUUCCAAGUGUGGGAUAAGCAGGGCUUUUGCCAUUUUGUAUUUUUUGGUCGUCCUUUUUUUUAAAAAAAAAAUAAGUGCAGGGCUUGAUAAAACACAAAUAAAAAUGCUGAUUCAUGACUAAAUUGGGACCUUCAUGGACAUGUGUGGCAUAGAAUUGUUAUUCAUUCUAUGAUUGAAAACUGCUUAUUGCCUGAGUUGGCAUAGCUUCAGAGUUUGAUGUUGGGAUUGCAGACCACAGACAGGAGACAAGACAGUAAAACUGACCUUUUAUGCGCAUGUUUCUCUUGAAAUUUUCCCUCUUGAAAUGCACUUGAUCUAGUUGUACUUUGACAUCUUUUUUCCAGCAAGGUUUAAAUCUGAAGGGUAAAUUUAAAAAAACUGUAGAUUAAUUCCUAAGGUAUGCAUCCAUCAAGCAAGAUGCCUUUGAAAUUAUUUCCCUAGCUCAAAAUAUACCCAUUUGCUCACAAUUAAAGUUUUUGAUCUUAACUGUUUGCUUGAAACCCUCAGGGGCUGAAAAUCUUGCCUAAGAAUAUAUUUCAGGAAAUGUCUCAUUGUUGAUCCGGGAUGUUGCAAAGACUUGCUUAAACUGAAUUUCAGCUGCUUUAAAGUCAAUGGCUUUUUCUUUAUUUUUUCUUUUCAACAGUGUUACUGAGGAUAUAAGUCAUGAGCUUAACUUCCAAUGUAAAAUGUUCAGAGGCCGUGAACACUUUUUUACCACCGGUGCCUUUCGAGAAAGAGGCUAUGUUGCAAGUAGGAAGGCACUCCUGUGGACCUUUUGUGUUAGUUGUUGCCCUGCCAUCCAAUAACUGAACAUUUUCUUAAGAUGUGGGUCAUGCAAAAAAAAAAAAAUUGGAACAUGGCCACUGAGGACUAGAGAAAGCAGAAAUUCUCUCAUGGUGUGUCUGAGCUAGUCUGGUUUACUGUGUGCUUCUCCUUGGCACUUGCAAAUCCUCAUCAGAUCCAAAAUUUGGAUCCAUUAUUGCACGUGCUUCUUAAAUACAAGUGCACAAACUGUUGAUAGAGCAAAUGUAUAUCACAAAGUAAAACUAUUAACUCUGAAAGUGCACUGGUUCUUUCUUUUUCUUUUCAGAGUUGGGGAGGCCUCCAGGACUCUUCCUCAUGGUGCUUAGCCCCCUCAGCCUUCUGCUAACUUGAUUGUUCCAUUAAUUAUCCACUGAAUAUUUGUCCCUAGGGUCUGUAUUUUCCUGUUGUUGUUUGUUGCUUGUGUAUGUUUUGGGAUCUUGUAAAAUCUCUGAAAUUAAAACUAUUGUAGCAGCUACAAAAAAAAUCCACCAGCGUGAAACAAAAGUUGAGAUGUUCAGCACUUCAGAAAGAAAACAGACUUUCAAAGUUUUUUUUCCUUAUAAAUUGUAAACUCUAUUUUGUGGAGAAUUUAUAAAGCAGGGAAGGGGAGGUGGAAAUUAUUGUGUAAUUUAUUGAGUUCAUGACUUUUUAAAAAAAUAAAGUCUGAAUUAAAA